AUGAUCGGAACAUCCACUGUUGAGUACUUCUUUAUUCGAGUUUGCAUCCUAUUUCUUCACAACAUUGCACCAGUCAGUAUUUUAUACAGUAUUCACUUACUCGCUGUUCAAUAUUUUCAUCUGCCAAUAUAUCCCGAACGUAUACCCUACCCUAUCCAUGUCUGGCUCAUUGCAGAGGCUGUCUUUUUCGCCACCGUCUUCAUACCACUCAAAUACGCUCGCCGCCAUUCUCCUAUCUACCACAGAUCUUUAUCCGCGGAGUGCAGAGAGAAAUUGUUUAGGAGUUGCAAUGCAAAUGUGCCAAACCUGGAGAAAUAUCUCUGCCGGUGGCUUAUGGUCUCAGAAGCUGAAUGCAUCAAGCGCGAUAACGUGAAAGACUUUAUCAGGUGGGCAUUUUUCAGGCCUGGAAAUAGGCACGAGCAGGACCAACAGAAUGAAGCGGAAAUCGAGACCUAUACAACAGAAAUUGAGAAGUUGAUUGGAAGAAAGCUGUCACCGGGAAGGAUGGAUGUGAAAGGCCUCGGACAGCUUCUAAACGAAGCAGGCGGUUCACAUCGUAGCUUACUGUGGUACAAUUGCGUCUUUGUAGUUGACACAAUCAUGUACUACAAGAUGUUAUAUAACGGAUUCCACUUCCAUCGCAGCACGCUCUCGCGAUUCUUUACCAUCUUUCUAUUUCGCCCUCUCACGAUACUCACGGCUUACAGGUCACCAGUGCGGCAUCUCACAUACUGGCAUCGACGGCAUACGUCCAAGAAAAGACUACCCGUACUAUUCAUCCAUGGCAUUGGAAUUGGACUUUACCCGUACACGAGCUUCCUCCGAGACCUCAACAGGGAGCUAGAGACAGGAGCGACUGACGAUAGUGAUGUUGGCAUCAUCGCACUUGAGAUCAUGCCGGUAAGCUCUCGGAUAACUCAUCCAGCUCUGGAAAGGGAUGUGAUGAUCUGUGAGAUCAUGGAGAUCAUGCGGUAUCACGGAUGGAGCAAGUUCGUGCUUGUGUCUCACUCUUAUGGCUCCAUAAUCGCUGCGCACCUUCUCAAGUCCGAUCGGUUUGCUGCGCUUAUCGGACCUACGGUCUUUAUUGAUCCUGUUUCAUUCCUCCUCCAUCUGCCUGACGUGGCAUACAACUUCAUAGCCCGCCGACCAGCGCGGGCCAAUGAAUACCAGCUUUGGUAUUACGCAAGUAAAGAUACAGGGGUUGCGCAUACGUUGGCAAGGAGAUUUUCCUGGAUUGACAACAUCAUUUGGAAGGAGGAUCUCGGGAUAAAGGCCGAGAAGAACCAAGAGGAGGGUAGAAAUGUUACAGUUGUUUUAAGUGGUCAGGACUUGAUCGUUGACGCCGAAACGGUUGGGCAGUACUUGAUGGGUUCAUCGUCAGAAGCCCGGACAGCUGAGAAAGAAGAAACACGAGCAUGGAAAAACAGGUCCUGGAUUGGGUACGGUCUUGAUGUGCUGUGGUAUGAGCAGUUGGAUCAUGCUCAGGUUUUUGAUUUUGAGAAUACUAGGCGGCCAGUCAUUAAGGUGAUCUCUGUAUAUUCAGACACUGGUUGA